UUAAGACUCCGCAGGACUUGAGAGGCAGUAAUGAAUGGACACAGAGGCGAGUGCAGCCGAAUGAAUCCGAAAAUCCUGCUGACCGACCUGUAUGUGUUUUCACCACGGAGGCAGAAAGAAGCGUGACUGUGAGGGGAGAGACGUAACUCCCUGCCUUCUGUGGGGACUGUGGACCGACUUCUGUUCAAAAAUUAACUUGCAAGAGGACUCAUUUACUAGCAAGAGAAACACUGUAUUUUUCUCUCGCCUUCUCGUGUGUUGGAAGCCACAUUGAACACUUGAGCGGGGCUGACCUUAACCCGUUAGCAGCACGGGUGCUGCCACGAAAAGAGCCAGUUUCUACGACCCCGGUCGGCUGACCGGGAUAGGAUCUCGUGUUUUUCUGGAGGUGGACUCGUAUCUUUCCUCCCCCCGCGUUCGUCUUAUACUCUCCGGGCUGGUUGUAACUCCGCUGUUUUGUGGCUGUUAAUUACAUGAAGUGGAUUGUUGUGCUUGCUUCCAGCUGAAGACGGGACUGUGGUUCAGGAAGAGAGAAAUGCCAACGGCGGUGACAAAGAGGAGAUUCAGUGUUAGUCUUUGAUCCUGUCAGAGUGGGACGUUGCUAGCAGAGGACUGAAGAGGGAGCAGUGCCAACUUGAAACAUGGUGCCUAAUAUUCACCUGUCAGGGCCUCUCCUGCCCAGAGGGGCAUCACUAUUCCUGCUUCUACUCAGCUGCAUGGUGUUCUCCUCUCUGGCAGACAGCCCGCCAACUUUUAUCAAAUCCCCUGAGGACCAGACGGGCAUUUCAGGCGGAGUUGCAUCGUUUGUGUGCCAGGCCACCGGAGAGCCCAAGCCCAGAAUCACCUGGAUGAAAAAAGGAAAGAAAGUGAGCUCUCAGCGCUUCGAGGUGAUUGAAUUUGAUGACGGCUCAGGCUCCGUACUGCGGAUUCAGCCGCUGCGCACCCACAGAGACGAAGCCAUUUACGAGUGCACAGCCACUAACAGCAUUGGCGAGAUCAACACCAGUGCCAAGCUUACAGUGCUGGAAGAGAACCAGAUCCCACAUGGCUUCCCCACCAUUGAUAUGGGCCCCCAGCUGAAAGUGGUUGAAAGGACCAGGACUGCCACAAUGCUGUGUGCGGCCAGUGGAAACCCAGACCCAGAGAUCUCCUGGUUCAAGGACAUGCUUCCUGUGGACAUCAGCAGCAGCAACGGGCGCAUCAAACAGCUCCGCUCAGGUGGUACCCCAAUUAGAGGAGCCCUGCAAAUUGAGAACAGCGAGGAGUCUGACCAGGGGAAAUAUGAAUGCGUUGCCAUGAACAGCGCUGGAACCCGCUACUCUGCUCCUGCCAAUCUCUACGUCAGAGUACGAAGAGUCCCACCAAGAUUUUCCAUUCCACCCACCAACCAAGAAGUGAUGCCAGGCGGUAGCGUCAACUUGACCUGCGUGGCAGUGGGCUCGCCAAUGCCCUAUGUCAAGUGGAUGAUGGGUGGGAAGGAUCUGACCCAGGAGGAAGAAAUGCCAAUGGGACGCAACGUGCUGGAAGUUACUAACAUCCGUGAAUCAGCCAACUACACCUGCAUAGGCAUGUCUUCUCUUGGCAUAAUAGAAGCGACAGCUCAGGUUACUGUGAAAGCCUUACCAAAGCCCCCCACCUCAGUAACUGUGACUGAGACCACAGCUACCAGUGUGACUCUUACAUGGGAUUCGGGGAACCCUGACCAGGUAUCCUACUAUAUGAUCCAAUACAGAGCCAAGUCCUCAGACAACGGCUACCAAGAAGUGGAGCGUGUGGCUACCACACGAUACAGCAUCGGUGGACUCAGUCCGUACUCUGAGUAUGAGUUUCGCGUCAUGGCUGUCAACAACAUUGGCCGCGGGCCUCCCAGCGACCCCGUGGAGACCCGUACCGGUGAACAAGCCCCCUCCUCACCGCCUCUGCACGUUCAAGCACGCAUGCUGAGUGCCAGCACAAUGCUCGUCCAGUGGGCACCACCAGAUGAGCCCAACGGGCAAAUUAGGGGUUACCGGGUCUACUACAGCACUGACAUGACGGCUCCACUUAGCGCCUGGCAGAAGCACAACACAGACGAUAGCAGCCUGACAACCAUCUCAGGGCUGAUUCCUGAUACCACCUACAGCCUCAGGGUGCUGGGCUUCACCUCUGUGGGUGACGGGCCACCCUCUGACAUCCUGCAAGUCAAAACACAGCAGGGAGUGCCUGCCCAGCCGUCUAGCUUUGAGGCUGAAGCUGAGCUGGACACACGCAUCGUACUAACUUGGCUGUGGCCAGUACAGGACCCCAUCACCAAGUAUGAGCUGCAGUACUGGGAGGCUGGCUCAGAUAACAAGAUACAUGUGACAUUCAACCCAGCGGGCUCCUACGCUGUGGAUGGUUUAAAGCCUGACACCUUGUACCAUUUCUCCCUGGCUGCUCGCUCUGAAAUGGGUUUAGGUGUCUACACCCAGCCCAUCGAGGCCCGUACCGCUCAGUCCACCCCAUCCGCACCCCCUCAGGAGGUACAUGUGAUCAGCCUCAGCUCCACCAGCCUCAAGGUGAGUUGGGUGGCACCGCCUGCCGAUAGCCGCCACGGCGCCAUUGUGCGCUACACGGUCAGCUACCAGGCCCUAACUGGAGAGGACACGGAGCGGCACGAUGAGGGUGACAUCGGGGCGGAUACCACCAGCUAUGUGCUGGAAGGCCUGGAGAAGUGGACAGAGUAUCAGGUGUGGGUGAGGGCCCACACUGAUGUGGGCCCAGGCCCUGAGAGUCACCCAGUGAGGAUGAGAACCAAAGAAGAUGUGCCAGGAGCACCCCCCAGGAAGCUGGAGGUUGAGGCCAUAAAUUCCACAGCCAUCCGGGUCACCUGGAAGCCGCCCCUGCAGGUGAAGCAGCACGGCCAAAUCAGAGGCUACCAAGUCAUCUUCUCCCGGCUUGAAAACGGCGAACCACGAGGACAACCAAACAUAAUGGACAUUGCUUUGCCAGAGGCUCAGUGGAAUAUUGAAGAAUCCACCGAGCAUGAGACCGUCAUUGGUGGACUGCAGUCUGAAACCACCUACUCUGUCACCGUAGCAGCCUACACCACAAAAGGAGAUGGAGCUCGUAGCAAAGCUAAAGUUAUCACUACAACUGGAGCAGUACCAGGCAAGCCCACGAUGAUGAUCAGCAUCACCAUGGACAACACGGCACUGAUCCAAUGGCAACCCCCAAAGGAAAUGGUUGGGGAGCUGAUGGGCUACCAGCUCCAGUACAAGCGCACUGACGAGGAAACCUACACCUCACGCGAGCUGAGAAAAACAGACGACCACUACACCGUCACCGGUACGCACAAAGGCGCCACCUACAUCUUUCGCCUCAGCGCCCGUAACCGCGCUGGCAUUGGCGAGGCCUACGUGAAGGAGAUCAGCACUCCUGAAGACGUGCCGUCAGGUUAUCCAACCAAUCUCCAAGUCACUGGACUGACUCAGUCCAGUACCCAGCUAACCUGGGAGCCCCCACUGCUAGCAGAGAGAAAUGGCAAGAUCAUUUACUACUUGGUUGUGUACCGGGACAUCAACAGCCACCAAAACAGCACCAACCGCACAGCUGACACGCACAUGACUAUCCUGGGCCUUAACCCCGACACAACCUACGACAUCCGUGUGCAGGCGUUUACCAGCAAGGGCGGGGGACCCCUGAGCCCCAGCAUCCAGAGCAGGACGAUGUCAAAUGAUUUUCCAACCCUUAACUUUGGUGUCAAAGCUGUCACAAAAACAUCCGUCCUGCUCACCUGGGAUUUGCCACCAAACUACAAAUCCCAGCUUCCUUUUAAGAUCCUGUAUAACCAGCAAAGUGUGGAGGUCAUGGGGAACCUGAAGAGGAAGCUGAUCACACAGCUGCAGCCCAACACCGACUACUCUUUUGUAUUGACGAGCAGAGGCAACAUUGCUGGAGGUCUGCAGCAGCAGGUGUCCAUCCGCACUGCCCCUGACCUGAUUAAAACCAAGCCCAGCACUCACCAGGCUCACGGUGGCAAGAUGACCAUCAACCUGCCCAAAGUCCAGACCACUGCUCCUGUCAGGUGGUACUACAUCGUAGUGGUGCCGGUGUCCCAGUCGACUCGGCGGUGGAAGAAUCCAGACGAGAUGGACCUGGAUGAGCUGCUUAGGUCAAGCGAGGGUCCGGUCCUGAGGCGCAGGCGUCACCUGGAUUCCUCCAAGCCGUACAUCGCAGCCAAGUUAAAAUCCCUGCCAACCAGCUUUACGUUGGGUGAUGAGAAACAGUACGACGGCUUCUACAACAAGCCCCUGAUCAGUCAACAGGAGUAUCUCUGCUUUGUCCUGGCAGUACUUCAAGAUGAAGAGACAGACAGCGCUGCUAAUUACAUGACAUUUUCAGCCAGUCCCUACUCAGACCCAAUCCAGGUCACAGCAGAUGCAGAGAACCCCGAAAUGUUGUGGGUCAUGGGGCCAGUUUUGGCAGUGAUCCUCAUCAUAAUCAUCGUCAUUGCCAUCCUCCUCUUUAAAAACAAACAGGAAAGGAAGCGGGCAUCACCCUUACCAAAGGAUGACCACUCAGGUGGGGUGAAAGACUCUCUGCUGGCCAAUUCCUCUGAUCCAGUUGAGAUGAGAAGGCUCAACUACCAGACCCCAGGUCCCAGCUCUCAUCGCUGCCCCAACACUCCAAGAAUGAGGGAGCACCCACCCAUUCCUGUUAUUGACUUGGCUGACCACAUAGAGCGACUUAAGGCCAAUGACAGCCUUCGCUUUUCCCAAGAGUAUGAGUCUAUUGAUCCAGGCCAGCAGUUUACCUGGGAAAACUCCAACAUGGAAGUCAACAAGCCAAAGAACCGCUAUGCAAACGUCAUCGCCUAUGACCACUCCAGAGUGGUGCUCACCUCUGUUGAUGCCGUUCCAGGCAGUGACUACAUUAACGCCAACUACAUCGACGGCUACAGGAAGCAGAAUGCCUACAUCGCUACUCAGGGGCCUCUGCCAGAGACACUGAGUGACUUUUGGAGGAUGGUUUGGGAGCAGAGGUCCAACACUAUUGUUAUGAUGACAAGACUGGAAGAAAAGUCACGGGUGAAGUGUGACCAGUAUUGGCCAUCACGAGGAACAGAGACCUACGGGAUGAUCCAGGUCACCAUGUUGGACACUGUGGAGUUAGCUACUUACAGCGUCCGUACUUUCGCCCUUUACAAGAAUGGCUCCAGUGAGAAAAGAGAGGUGAGACAGUUCCAGUUCAUGGCCUGGCCUGACCACGGGGUGCCUGAGUACCCCACACCCAUUUUAGCCUUCCUACGGCGGGUAAAGGCUUGCAAUCCUCCAGAUGCAGGACCCAUGGUGGUCCACUGCAGCGCGGGCGUGGGCAGGACUGGCUGCUUCAUUGUGAUCGAUGCCAUGUUAGAGCGUAUGAAGCACGAGAAGACUGUGGACAUCUACGGCCACGUGACUUGCAUGCGCGCUCAGAGGAACUACAUGGUUCAAACCGAGGACCAGUACAUCUUCAUUCAUGAAGCCCUAAUGGAGGCUGCCACUUGUGGCAACACUGAGGUGCCCGCACGCAACCUGUACGCCCACAUCCAGAAACUCACUCAGCCCCCACCCGGCGAGACAGUCACAUCUAUGGAGCUGGAGUUCAAGAGACUGGCCAACUCCAAAGCCCACACAUCACGCUUCAUCAGCGCCAACUUGCCCUGCAACAAGUUCAAGAACCGGCUGGUCAACAUCAUGCCUUUUGAGUCCACCCGUGUCUGCCUGCAGCCCAUCCGUGGUGUCGAGGGCUCUGACUACAUCAACGCCAGCUGCAUUGAUGGAUACAGACAGCAGAAAGCUUACCUGGCCACACAGGGACCACUGGCUGAGACCACUGAGGACUUCUGGAGGAUGCUGUGGGAGCACAACUCUACCAUUGUCGUCAUGCUGACCAAGCUACGAGAGAUGGGCCGGGAGAAAUGUCAUCAGUACUGGCCAGCCGAGCGUUCAGCUAGGUACCAGUACUUCGUGGUGGAUCCAAUGGCUGAGUACAACAUGCCUCAGUACAUCCUCAGAGAGUUCAAAGUCACAGAUGCCAGGGAUGGACAAUCCAGAACAAUCCGCCAGUUCCAGUUUACUGACUGGCCUGAGCAAGGAGUGCCAAAAACUGGAGAAGGCUUCAUUGAUUUCAUUGGACAAGUGCACAAAACUAAAGAGCAGUUUGGACAGGAUGGACCAAUCACUGUACACUGCAGUGCCGGGGUAGGUAGGACUGGAGUCUUCAUCACCCUCAGCAUCGUGCUGGAGAGGAUGAGGUAUGAAGGUGUGGUCGACCUAUUCCAGACAGUAAAGACGCUCCGCACCCAGAGGCCUGCCAUGGUGCAGACCGAGGACCAGUACCAGCUGUGCUACAGGGCAGCACUGGAGUACCUGGGGAGCUUUGACCACUAUGCAACGUAACCACUCCCAGCGAGCAGGAUCCCCGGUCAGACCUCUCAGGAGUGUGCCAAGUGUCCCAUCUCAGCCACCAUCAACUCACUUGACCCCCUAAAAUCCGACCCCCUCACAGCUACCAGAGGGGAAGAAGAAAGGGAUGUGCUUGCAGACCCAUUGAGGGUUUUAACAAAUCACAGAGAUAUACGCAGAGUAAUCCAACCACCUGAGAUUUUGCUUUAAAUAUAAUACCUGAAACAUUACAGUGACUAUGACAAACGUGACAACUCUUGUACAGAUCCGACAGCGCAGACCGGCAGCUCGCCCCUCUGCUCUGUCGAAGCCAAACCUCCCUGAUUGUCAAAGGCUACUGGUAGCACUAAGAGAGCAUCCUCUCUGUCUUUUUUUUCUUUUUUGUUAAUUGUAUUGUCUAUAUUAUGAUUCAUUAUGUCAAAUAUUAUUGUUUAGUAUACUUUUUAUGUUGCUUUUAAUAAUCAUUUUAAUAUCAGACAUUUGUUCUGUCUUAAACUACCCAUCUUUGGGCAUGCAUUAUUUUCAUAAUCAUUUUUAGGGUACUUUAGCACACAGGACAUGUGUUUUGACAUGUUCCUAGAUACUAAUACAGGAGGACCACUGUUCUCUGAGCUGCUGUCAGAUUUCUGUUGUCAUAUGAUGGUUUAUUUUGUUGGUUUUUUUUUCUCAUUCAUUUUAUGUGUCAUAAUAGUUAUUUCUGUUCACGUUCAGUUCAGUAACUCAAAUUGCCUUUUCACUUGCCGUUACCCAGUUUUGAAAUCAAAUCAAUUGAUUUCAGGACACAGACUUGCUUUAGUCAUCCCUCUGUUAAUGUGGUAGCUAGCUAAAAACACAAGUAAAUAAUCUAACAAGGAUCUAUACUAAAUCAGAGGUGCACACAAAUGGAAAGCACAUUAUUUUUAUGUUCUUUUUUUAUUUUGGUUUGGUUUUAUUUUUCAUCAGAAGCCUGUGGCAUUGAGGCCUUCAUACCUCCAAAGCGGAGAAUUUACCUGAAGAAAACAGACUUUUGUACCCAAAGGGUAGACAACAGAAAAAUAAACUCCCGAUCUCUGAAUAAAGAUGUUCUUCAAGUCCCUCCCAUCUCCUCUGUUGUCAUUAGCCUGAUCAGUUUGAUGGAGUGGAACCACACGGACCAGAAAGAUGUGGAAGUGGUUCACAUGGGCUCAGGAGAAGAGCCAUCAACAUCGGUACCUGUACAGAAUCAACCAUUCCUACCAGAGGGACAGAGACUCAGCCCUUUGGAAUGAAACCUGAUAUUAUUUUAUACAGAAAUAGAACUAUAAAUAUAUAUAUAUAUAUAUAUAUAUAUAUAAUUAUGAUUGAUUAUAUAUAUGUACGAUUACACAUAGAUAUAUACACAGCUUCAAAAAUAUAUUGGUAAAAAUGAUUAAUACUGCUGAUCUAUCUAGAGACACUGCAGAGAGCCUGCUGUCCUAGAAUGUGUAUUAAUGGAAUCACCAUUGUAUCUACUGUACUAUCAUAGUAACUUCAACAGCUGGUUGUCCGUCUGAAUGAGGAAAAACAGCACAACCCCUCCCCCCUCACCACACCCCUCUUUCAUCCAUCAAAGUGGAUGACUCCUCGCUCGUCAAGCACACACCUUCUCCCACACGAACUGCAGGAGGGGAGCGUCUGAUCCAAGAGGCCUAAGCGUUGUGACAGUGGGAGGAACGGAAGGAGGGAGGGGGGACUUGAAAACGCUGGCAAAAACAUAAAAUAAGAAAAAAAAAAAACACAAAAAUGUUCAUUUUUACCUUGUGAAUGCUUAGUGCUGUAGGGGUUCAAUCUGUUGUACACAGUCUGUUUUCUAUCUGUUGAUAAAGAACUGGAAUUUAAAAAGAACCUGUUGAUGAAAAAGAAAAACAUUGAUGUUAAUAAAGUGAAAUAAUUGGGUUUUUGUACAAAGA